CUAUAGCAAGUCUUGUUUUGUUCACUUCAUUCGAGAAAUUAUUGUCUUGCUUCAAUCAAGUAGCGGUCCUUCUUUUAAGCCCAAUGUUCGAUGAAGACGUGGAUAAUCUCAUAGAUGCUCUUGUAAAUCCUUCUACCAUAGCACAAGAUUUACUAAGUUUGCGCGAAGAAAGCAGUUCUAACAUUCCAGAUAUCGAUUUUGAGGAAGACAUAGUUCGAGGGCAAUAUACAACUUCUCCAUUUUUCUUUGCAUUUUUCAGAAUUCAUGUAAAUGUUUUACAAAAUAUUGAACAAAAGGAAAAUAUUGAAAAGGAAGAAAAAUUGUGCACCAAUCCCUACAAAUCAUCUGAGUUUUUCAAUUACCUUCUCAAGCGCGUUAUGCCUUUUGCACCAUUAUGGACUGACAUAAUGCACUGCGGACGUUAUAACAACUCGAAUGUGGAAAACAUGAAAUUUCAUUGGAAAAAAACAAUCUGAAAUUGAAGGAGGAUUAAAUCAAACCUUAAGACAAUAGAACUUUCCAUAGGAAAAAAACCACACAAAAUUAAAAAGAGAACGAUAAAUGAAAACGCGAUGGAAAUCGAUAAUCUGGCUGCAGUAGAAAAAAGGAAAAAACCCAAAAAAAAAAAAUAAUAUUUUUUUCACAACAGAUUAUAUGCGUAUGAAUAUUCCGGAAAAAUUAUCAAAACAUGCUUCAAAUGAUUAUGCCAUCAAAACUAAAACUGAGGACAACAAAUCAGCCAAAGAUAUAAUUCGUUUGUUAGAUUCAAAAGAAUCUAUUUCAUUCUGCAAAUUAAAAAAAAAAACAUCAGAAUUAAACAGAAUUAUCGAAUUCCACACAGCACAAAGUGCCAGCAAAAAAAAAAGAAAAUGAAUUAUGUACACAUAGAGAGCAACCCUCAGAUAUUGCUCUUUUGAACGGCUUACUAUUGAGUAAUGAAUACUAUAACGAAGGGUCGAGUAAAACAUCAUUUAAAUUUGGCACAUAUUCCUACUUAGGGCAAACAAUCACUUUAACCAGUUCUGACUUUAAAGCAUUAGCAUCGAAAUAUAACAAAACUCAUGUUCAAUCAAGGACUGAUCGAUGGCUUAGGCAGAACACAUAGUGGAGCGGCGAGAAGAGCGACGAGGAGAGCAGAGAGGAGAGCGGCGAUUGAGGGUCGCGGUGAUAAAAGAGAUUCCUGCACAUAGUGGCGCGCGACUGGCGCGAUCAAAACAGAGAGAUGGAUCUAUUGUUAGUAGAAAAUUCGUCUCUGAAAAUUUGGUAUUUUCUGAAAAAUAGAUUAAAUAGAAAGAGAAGUUGUAAUGUACAUGAAAUAAAUAAAAGUAGGCAUGUACAUGGUGAAUUUCAUCACUUGUAUGAACAACUAAGGCAGCAUCCCGAGAAGUUUCAGUCUUAUUUCCGAAUGAGUAUUGCAACGUUUGAUUUUAUUGUGGAGAAAAUUGAGCAUAAGUUAGUAAAAAAUUGGUACCAAUUUUAAUCGUAAUCCUAUUAACCCAACGGAACGGGUUGCAGUCACCUUAAGGUAAGUAAACAUGCACACUUUUAAUUUUAUAAACUGCUCCACAGGAGUUAAGGAUAUGGAGUUUUAUUUGUGAAAAAAACAAGAUACCUGUUUUUUUAUGUAAAUAUAAACUUUAUUAAAAUAAAUAAACACUUUUUUGUUGAAAACGCAAAAAGGAAGAAAAAGGAAAUGGAAAAAAAAGAAAAACUAAAAAAAAAAUGGUUAUUCUUAUUCGGUAAUGAAGUGUUAUGUAAAUUAAUAGGUGGUAAAGCCUCCAUGUGCAUCAAUAACAGCCUGACAACGUCUUUGCAUGCUAUCGAUUAGGUUGUUGAGCAUUUCCUGUGGAAUUUGAUUCCAGAGUUGAGGUAAAAUGGCCCUUAGCUGCGCCAACGUUUCGACAACCGGUAUGUGAUCAUCCAAC